AUGCCUCCUCGUCGUGCUCCACUCCCUGAAGGUAUUGAGCAGAACAACGCAACAAAACAGGUUCGAUGCCUGCUUUGCUACGAAUUUGAUCCAUUUGGUGCGGGCAGGUGGAUGGCACCCAAGUCUCUCAAGAACCACCUCAAAUCCACGAAACACGACUCAAACCGAAUUCGCAAUGAUACUCAAGUACAGCAACAGGCCAUUCAGAACCAGAAACUUGCGAACACAUAUCAAGAUGGGACAGUAACCUUCGAAACGCCUGCAACUGAUGUUCAUCUCAAUUCAAGGACAAGAAUGUUCACCGAGGAUGAGGACACGAGGAUGGCUGAUGACCUUGCUGAUGAUUCUUGGAUGCAACAGCCUCUCAUACCGAUAUCGAUCCCAGAACAUCUCUCCUUUGAUCCUGAGGAAGAGCGCAAUUGCCUGCAUCAACAGUAUAUUAUGAUGCUUGAGGAGGCUAUACUUGGAAGCGAGGACAAUAACUUUGAUGAGUCUGAUGAGACUACAGCCUUUUUGGCAGAUGAAUUCCGUGCUGUGGACCUCGAACCUUCUUCAGAUGAGGAAGACAUUGCUAAUUAUUUCAACGGAACAUCCACGAGUAAAGACUGGUCACCCUACCCUAAUAAAACUAUGGCGCUUCUUGAUAUUCUCGACAAUCUUCCUCGUCUACGCCUUUCUACCAGUCACAUGCAAAUGAUUCUUUGGUUGUUGCGGGAAGUUGGUGCAGCAGAUGUCUCUUCAUAUCAGGCUCUGCGUAAACUGCAGGCUGGUCUACGUGAACAAUGCGGCAGUUCUCCCAAGGCUUACAAGUCCGGGCUUGGAAAUCACUUUUAUGUGAAUGAUGUUCGAGAUUCUAUUGCAAGAGAUUUCUCUAAUCCUGAGGUCGCAAAACAUCUCCAGUUCUAUCCGGAAGAAACUGGAGGCACUGUUUCUGAGGUUUGGCAAGCAGAACAUCGUGUUAGGAUCGCUACUCGCACUUCGGUAGACGAUGCUCUAACAGGCCAAAGGCGAUGA